CGCGGAAGAAAAUUACACAGGUUUUUUUUUCCCUGAUAGACUUGUCCAUGCUUAAUUUUUACUAGGCAAAAACUUUUCGUUCCAACUGGCUGGGCCUUUAAAACAGAUAUGGACUGAGUCGGGGUUUAUUUUCUUUAUUCCCUAUUGCUUGCAUCACGCUGUUUUGUUGGGAGUCCUUGAUUUGCAGUCCAAAAAUUGUUGAAAAUGGACAUAGGUACCAAACAGCCAGAUCAGGAAACUAAGGACCAUGAUGGUGAUCUAGAAUUCUCCCAGCGUUUCACCGAAGAUCCUGUUCUCAUCAGAGCUAUCCUGCGCAAAAUUGACCUCCACCUCAUGGUACCGCUGUGGAUAAUUUUCGCAUUUGGUUUCCUCGAUCGCAUCAAUCUGGGGAAUGUGGCGGUACUCGGGAUUGUCCCGGAAUUGAAGCUGGGCAAGAAUGGCCUCAAUAUCGCUCUGCAGGUGUUCUUCGUGCCCUAUAUUCUUUUCGACAUCCCCAGUAAUAUCCUGCUCAAGAAAUUCCGCCCGUCAACGUGGAUUAGCAUUCUGACAUUUUCAUGGGGUAUUAUGUGUAUGUGCCAGGGGUUUGUCAAGAGUAAAGGAGGUCUCAUUGCUUGUCGGUUCCUCCUCGGCGUAUUCGAGGCAGGUUUCGUGCCAGGAUGUGCGUAUCUCAUGUCCAUGUAUUACCGCCGUUAUGACUUCCAGAAAAGGUUUUCCUUGUUCUGGGUCGCUGGUCUGAUUGCAGGAGCUUUUGGUGGCCUUCUUGCCUACGCUUUGUAUCAUAUGAACGGGUUGAGCGGCUACUCUGGCUGGCGAUGGAUUUUCAUCAUUGAAGGGCUACUUGCUAUCGCUGUUGCGCUGCCAGCCAAAUUCCUCAUCGCGGACUGGCCGGAUGAAGCUAAAUUCCUUACGAUUGAAGAAAAAGAAUAUCUUCAGCAAAUCCAGUCAAACGAUAUCAGCACCGGAGAGACAGGAGUGGCGCAGAUGAACCGUCUGGACGCUGCCGCCUGGAAACGUAUUCUGACAGACUGGAAGGUCUACGUAGGGGGCUUGGUGUAUCUUGGUAUCACCGUGUCGGGGUAUGCAACAGCUCUCUUCAUUCCUAGCAUUGUCGCGUCUCUGGGCUACUCUGGUAUUGAGGCUCAGGUCCACAGUAUUCCAGUCUGGAUUGUCGCCGCUGUGGUGACUUUUGGCGUUUCCAUCGCGACUGAUCGUUUGAAGCAUCGCUAUGGAUUUAUCAUGUUUGGCGUGGUGUUUGCGAGCAUCGGAUACAUUGUCCUUCUUUGCGAAGAACCCGUGAAUACGCACGUCCGCUACAUGGCUGUUUUCUUUGUGACCGUGGGCUGCUAUAUUGUCCAACCUGUGGCCGUUGUAUGGCUUGCGAAUAACUUCUCAGGUCACUACAAGCGAGCCGUUGGCCUUGCUAUUCAGAUUGGAUUCGGCAACAUUGGCGGAAUAAUCGCAAGCAAUAUCUUUGUUUCGAACGAAGCGCCGCGGUAUUUCGUUGGUUACGGCGUUUCACUCGCCAUGAUGAUAUUUUGCGGGAUUAUGUCGUCUGUGUAUGCGUUUGGUUUAACUGUUGAAAACAAGAGGCGUGCUGAAGGCAAGCUUGAUGAUCGUUUACAGCUAAGCAACAUUGGCGAUGAUGAUCCUCGUUUUCGUUUUACUCUCUAGAGUGUCGUGCUACGACAACUCCUACCAGAUAUGACUAAUUUCUCCGGUAAAUACAUGUUUAUCAACGCAGCGCGGUGGUUGUUUCAGCCCUUCCUAAAACGGCACUAGAUAUAGUGCAAAUAUGAAUUGAUACCAAAUAUUAUUA